AUGAGUACAACGGGUAAAAACAAACGAGCCCGAGUUGAUUCGACCGAAUCCGAGGUGGUAUCAACGUCACCGCAAAAAUCCACCACUUGGUUUCUGUUGCACAGUAUGCUUGAGAGCGACUUCAAUUGUGCCAUUUGUCACGAAGUGCUCAUGAAUGCCAGUGUGCUGGGCUGUGGUCAUUGUUUUUGUGCCUAUUGUAUUCACAUGUGGCUACGACGACGCCCGCAAUGCCCGCUCUGUAUUCGACCCAGUCAUCGAUUUGUUCCGUUGAAAAUGGUGGAUAGUUUUAUCGCGCAAAUCUAUGCCAGUUUGUUGCCAUCGGAUUUGCAAAUUGCCCGGGCACAAGAACUGGAGUUUCGUGAACGCGAACAGCUGCUACUAAACGAGGCCGAGCUAUCAGACAGUGAUUUGGACAGUAGUACGAGUAGUACAAGCACGGAAGACACGACAUUUGAUUCAACGAAUGUAUCAUCGAAUGAGAAUAGUUAUUAUCAGCAUCAGAACAAUGCGCAGCAUCAUCGUCAUUCGUCCUCCUCCGCCUCAAACUCCUCACCCGGUGAUUUUUCACAUACUUGA